UAAACAAAAGUCUUUGGAUGAUAAGGAAACACUUAAUUACUCAUAGCGCAAGCUCUAUAUAACACAUUCUGUCCAAGCUGGAAGAGUUGCAACCGUCGUAACUUUUGCAAAUAAGCCCAUAUAAAGGUUUGGGAAUUAUUUAAUUUCGUAAAUAUAUAUCAACAGUAUAUUACUUUGGAGAUAUUAAAAAGAACACUGGAAGAGCACCCUCAAGUAUCAUUUAAUUUCAGAAGCUCAGUUUGCGUGUGGUCGCUGUGGUUUUGAUUGAAAUAUGACUGAUGCAGAACAAAUAUUACGUGAUUUCUUGGAAACAGUUCUUAAGGAACGAGGCUCCAAACAGAAAGAUGUCAAGAUACAAGAAAUAAACUUAGACGGUGCUAACUAUACAUCGAUUUUAUUUUCAGUAAACGUAGAAACUUUUGAUAAAGAAUUAAAAUUGUUUGCGAAAGUGUCUGACAUAACCGAUGAGGCAAGGGAAGCGUUGAAUUGUAACGAUUUAUUCUGCACGGAGAGAUUUGUUUACAAUAAACUUAUACCUGUUUAUAAUAAUCUCCAGAAGGAUUUAGAUGAAGAACACAAGUUCAUAUUUCCCGAAUUUUACGGAUUUAAUAAUGAGUUCGGUAAAGAAACAGUCAUAUUAGAAAAUCUAGUAGAACGUGGUUAUAAGUCUUACAGUCGGUUUAAGUCCAUGGAUUGGGAUCAUGGCAGAGUUGGUGUGGAGGCUUUAGCACGGUUCCACGCUUUGUCGUUCGCACUGAGUAAACGUGACCCAGAAGGUUUCCAAAAAAUAGCUACGGACAUGGCGUCUAAUUUCGAUAUAAAAAAUUAUGAUCGCUUUAAUCUAUACGAAUUCGUCACGAUGGUGGAGGAUGCUGGAAAAUGUUUAAAACAUGAUCAUCUUGAUAGAGUAAGGAAGUUGAUGUAUAGUAAAAACAUUUUUGACAAAUUUAAGAAGCCCCUCAGCACACCAGUCUUAGUGCAUGGUGAUUACAGAUUAAGCAACUUGCUUUUUAAAAGGGAGGGACCUGAUCUUAAGGCGGUGGUUGUUGAUUACCAAACCGUCUAUACCGGGUGUCCUGUGGCAGAUCUCUUCUACAUCAUAUUUUUAGGCUCAGAUGAACACUUCCGCCGUCUCUAUUAUGACAAACUAGUAAAUCAUUACUAUACAAGUCUAGAAGAAGCGCUCAAGAGGUUGGCUGUGGAUCCUGUAGAGGUGUAUCCGAGAGAGAGCUUUGAAAGUGAUUUGAAAGAGUCAUUACCCUUCGUUGUUUUGACUGCCUUGACAGCCUUGCCAAGUGUGCUUGUAGACGUUGAAUCAGUACAGAAAUGGAAUUGUACUUUUGACGUGGAAAGUUAUAUGAAGCCAAAAUAUAGUGAUUUAUAUAAAGAGCGACUUAGAGGCAUAAUAAAUGACUUAGUCACAUGGAAUGUCAUUCUUCAGUGUCGCAGUGGUUACAGUAGAAAUAUGACUGACACAAAAAAAAUAUUGCUUGAUUUCUUAGACACGGUGCUCGAUGAUAGGGGCUACAAACAGAAAGUUGUUCAUGUAAAUGAGAUGAAAACAGAUGGUAAUAACUAUACGUCCGCGUUGUUUUCAAUAAACGUAAAAACAGAAGAGAAAGAAUUAAAACUUUUCGCAAAGGUAGCUCAGAUCGGCAAAGAGUUGAGAGCAGUAGCGAAAGCAGACAAAAUAUUCAAGACAGAGAGAUUUGUAUACAACAAACUUAUUCAUCUUUACAAUAAUCUUCAAAAGCAUUUAGAUGAAGAACACAAGUUCAUGUUUCCUGAAUUCUACGGAUUUCAUGAUGAGUACGGUAAAGAAACAAUCUUACUCGAGAAUCUCAAUGAAAGUGGGUAUAAACCUCACAACCGUUUAAAGUCAAUGAACUGGGAUCAAGGCAGAGUUGGAGUGGAAUCUUUAGCGCGGUUUCACGCGUUGUCCUUUAAACUAGGUAAAAGUGAUCCAGAUGGUUUUGCCAAAAUAGCCAAUCAUAUGGCUUACACUAUCAAUAGCGAAGCAACGAAUGAAAAUACCAUAAAUCAAUUCAUUGAAAUGGUGGAGAACGCCGUUAAAGUUUUAAAACACGAGCACCGAGAGAAAGUCAGGAACUUCAUGUACAAUCCUAACCUGUUUGAUAAAUAUAACAAGCCGCUCAGCACCCCGGCUCUCGUCCACGGGGAUUACAGACUGAGCAACAUGUUGUUCAAGCGUAAAGGUCACGGUCUGAGUGCAGUGGUUGUUGAUUACCAAACCGUCCAUACUGGGUGUCCUGUGGCAGAUCUCUUCUACUUCAUAUUUAUGGGUUCAGAUGAACACUUCCGCCGUCUCUAUUAUGACAAACUAGUAAAUCAUUACUAUACGAGUCUAGAAGAAGCGCUCCAGAGACUGGCUGUGGAUCCUGUAGAAGUGUAUCCCAGGGAGAGUUUUGAAAGUGAUUUGAAAGAGUUACUGCCGUACGUACUCCUGACAGCGGUGACAGCUCUGCCGCUGGUCGUGGUCGAGUCUGAAUCUGCUCCGAAAUUUGAUUCUGAUGAAGCUGACUUUUCUAUCUUGGUUGUUGAACCGGGUUCAUUGUACAAGCAGAGGUUUACAGGCAUUGUAGACGACUUAGUGAGAUGGGAGGUUAUAUAAUUAUAUAUUAAUAAAGACUUGCCCUUUUUUUCGUUACACGUUUUUAUAUGUUUAGAGGUGGGCUGUUACAACCCAGGACGACCAAGGAUGAUGAACUACACUUAAUUUUAAUAAACUCGAGAAACCUUGGUUUCAAAUGUUUAUACGAUACGAUUUCUUCCUUUUCAUUUAUGUAUUCUAUGUCUUUAUAGUCACAAAACAGGCAGAUGAAGUUAUAAACCAUAUGCAAUCAGAUUUAUAAACGUGUUAAUAAUGUAUAGAAACUCCUUUAAAACAAUAUGUUUUAAGGAGGUAAGGUUUUAGUUACAACAGUUUAUUAGAUGAAGGCAGAAGUAUUAAGACAUAUUCAUUCUCAACAGAGAAUACUAUACCAACAAACUGAUAGUACUGAUGUACCUACUACGAGGUCACUACUACGAAGUAUUUGAAUGAUUUAGUUCUUACGAUGGUUGGAAGUAUUCAUAAAAUAGUUUGGGAAUUUCUCGUCCUUGAACUGCUUUUCCUGUUCAAAGACAUUAAAGACAAACUGUAACUAGGUCCGUUACUCGUUUUGUAAUAAACGUUUGGAUAAUA